CUCGACUGUCUCUCUCGUAGGCAGCGUCUGUCUGUCUGCGUAGCAUCCUCACGACUGACCUCGCCAGAGAAAUGCAGAGCACAGUAUCAUUAGGAGAAUUGGUUUGGGGCGGCGCAUCACGAGCAGAGCGCAUCCACCACUGGAGGGAUCAAAUCUGUGCCAUCUGACGCUCAAGGAUUUAUGGGUUUAGUCGAAAUUGCUUUUCCCAGUGUGGAGAUUAAGCUGUGUGUGAUGUUAACAGGACAGACGUCUGUGUUCGUUCAGGCUGCACCACUAAAGAAAGGAUGUCCGCCGGUGCUGCGCUGAGGCUCGCUCGGGCUGCAGAGCGUUGAGGAUGUGAACACUGAACAGGGACAUGUGCACCAUGCAGCUGGAUACCGUGCUUGUGUUCAUCUGCGUCUGUCUGGUGGGCGCCGCAGGAAGAUCAGCCCACAAAAGAGGUCAAAAACUGGAGCCCUACAAGCAAAGCAGAUUACGAAGAGAAACCACACAAGUGGAUGGAGGAACCCACAAGUUUGGCAGCCCAAUCUUCAGAAGAAGUCCAGACAUGACAAAGUCUCCUAUGACCAAAUCCGAGCAGCUGUUGAGGAUUGAUGACCAUGAUUUUACAAUGAGACCAGCAUUUGGAGGACCUCCGAUUCCAGUAGGUGUGGACGUUCAGGUUGAAAGUCUCGACACCAUCUCGGAGGCUGACAUGGAUUUCACGAUGACAUUGUAUUUGAGACAUUACUGGAAAGAUGAGCGAUUGUCUUUCCCGAGCACCAACAAUCAAAGCAUGACGUUCGACAGUCGGCUGGUGAAGAAGAUCUGGGUACCCGACAUGUUCUUCGUUCAUUCCAAAAGAUCUUUCAUCCACGACACCACAACAGACAACGUGAUGUUACGCGUGUAUCCCGACGGCAACGUCCUCUACAGCCUGAGAGUGACCGUCACUGCCAUGUGUAAUAUGGACCUGAGUCGAUUUCCUCUGGACACACAGACGUGCUCACUGGAGAUCGAGAGCUACGCGUACACUGAUGACGAUCUUAUGCUUUACUGGAAGAAGGGCAACGAGUCGCUGAACACCGAUGACAAGAUUUCUCUGUCGCAGUUUCUCAUCCAGAAGUUCCACACCACCACUAAGCUUGCGUUCUACAGCAGCACAGGCUGGUACAAUCGUCUCUACAUACACUUCACUCUUCGGCGACACGUCUUCUUCUUCCUGCUGCAAACAUAUUUCCCAGCCACGCUGAUGGUCAUGCUGUCCUGGGUGUCGUUCUGGAUCGACCGCAGAGCAGUGCCAGCAAGAGUUCCUCUCGGCAUCACGACAGUUCUCACGAUGUCCACCAUCAUCACCGGAGUCAACGCCUCCAUGCCCAGAGUCUCGUACAUCAAAGCGGUGGACAUCUACCUGUGGGUCAGCUUCGUCUUCGUCUUCCUCUCUGUUAUAGAGUAUGCGGCCGUCAACUACCUGACCACCGUACAGGAGCGCAGAGAGAGGAAACUCAGGAAUCAAUUGCCUUGCACGUGUGGAAUAGCAAACCCAGAGGACAUAAUGAUGACCACAUGCUACAGCGACGUGGAUCCCAGCUCCUCGGGGACUUACGGGAUGCCUGAAAACGGCGGGAGGCAGGAGCGGAUCCUGGCCCAGCUGACCCUCGCCGACAGCCAGAGGACGAGUCGGGUGAAGACGUCACGGGGCUACGUCAACAUCUGGAUAGACACUCAUGCCAUAGACAAGUACUCACGAGUGAUCUUUCCCGCCGCGUACACGCUCUUCAACAUCACCUACUGGUCCAUCUACUCCUAACGGCACAGCGGAUCUGUACCAGAACGUUCAUCGACUGGGUCUCUCUGCCUUCUUGAUCCAGGAUCUUGAACUCUUUGUAUUUUUAAGUGUUGUACAUUUUUAUUAUCUAACAAAAGCAACUGCUUGAGCUGAAAUGUGUGUUUCAAAAAAAGCUGCCCCUUUAGAGGCUACACUUGACUCCCCUCCUCAAGAAUGAGUAAACAUUCGGUAUUUUAAUGCAUGUAUUUAUCAGGGACGUCAAAUUCUUUUAAUUGCAAUUAUUUGCAUAUUGUUGUUGUGGUCACACAUUAAGAAAACUAAAUAGUGUUCUUGUUGGGUUUGUCAGUUUGUGUCUGAACGCACAGCGGUGACUCUUCACUCAUCUCACACAAAACAACUACACAACACAACUACAGAACAAGUUUCCUCACACUUCAUGGACAUACAGUAUGUGGGGAUGCAGUCCUCCGCUGACGUUCACAUCAACCGUUCUGCACGAUAUUGAUAUUGAUAAAAGAAUCUUUAUAAACAACAUCAAGCCCUUAUUUACUAUAAUAACUUCCUUGAUGAAUGCUUUUAUAUUGUAAUUUUUCACGUUUAAUAUUACAAACUGUGCUGUGUUUUAAUAAAAUACA